CAACACUGGCGCACGCACCACGCACCGCCGCAACAUCGUCUCGCUCCUGUUUUUAUUUUCCGUCGGAUCAAAAUCCCCGAUCGCGAUCCGCCACCGAAUUCGAGGUCGGGGAGCAGCAAAACCCGAAGCCAGCCAGCGAAUCCCGGUCCAUCGGCGAGCGGCGGCGGCGGCGGCGAGACCAUGCCGGACAAGGCGGUGGACGACGCGAUGGAGUCGGCGGUGGGGGCCCACUUCAGCGGGCUCCGCCUCGAGGCGCUGCGCCUCCCCGCCCCCUCGUCCCCCUCCUCUCCCUCCUCCUCCCCCUCCGCCCCCGCCGGGGCCCUCCCGAACGGGGCCGCCGUCCACGCCAACGGCGCCGCCGAGCUCGUCUCCCCCUCCGCGCUCAGGCAGCCCUUCGUCAUCGGGGUUUCGGGCGGGACGGCGUCGGGGAAGACCACGGUCUGCGACAUGAUCAUCCAGCAGCUGCACGACCACCGCGUCGUGCUCAUCAACCAGGAUUCUUUCUACCGCGGCUUAACUGCUGAAGAAUCUGCGUGCGCUCAAGACUACAAUUUCGAUCAUCCUGAUGCGUUUGAUACAGAACAGCUUCUUGAAUGCAUGGGGCAACUGAAACGUGCAUUGCCUGUAAAUGUUCCUAUAUAUGACUUUACGAAUCACCGAAGGUGCUCCGAAAGGUUCAGAAAGGUCAAUGCAUCAGAUGUCAUAAUUUUGGAGGGCAUUUUAGUCUUCCAUGAUCAAAGGGUUCGUAAUCUUAUGGACAUGAAAAUAUUUGUGGACACAGAUGCGGAUAUUAGGCUUGCCCGACGAAUAAGGCGUGAUAAUUUUGAAAGAGGCAGAAAUGUUAACUCUGUGCUUGAACAGUAUGGUAGGUUUGUGAAGCCAGCAUUUGAUGAUUUUGUUCUGCCUUCAAAGAAAUAUGCUGAUGUGAUCAUACCACGAGGCGGUGAUAACCAUGUUGCAGUUGACCUGAUCGUUCAACAUAUUCGUACAAAACUUGGUAUGCAUGACUUGUGCAAGAUCUUCCCGAACGUCUAUGUAGUGCAAUCAACUUUCCAGAUCCGAGGAAUGCAUACACUGAUUCGUGACAGGGAAGUCACCACACCUGACUUUGUUUUUUAUUCAGACCGGUUAAUACGUUUGGUAGUUGAGCAUGGCCUGGGGCAUUUACCAUUUACAGAAAAGCAGAUUGUUACUCCAACAGGAUCUGCUUAUAUGGGAGUUGAUUUCUGCAAAAAGCUCUGUGGAGUGUCUAUUGUCCGAAGUGGUGAAAGUAUGGAGAAUGCACUGCGUGCUUGCUGUAAAGGAAUAAAAAUUGGCAAGAUUCUGAUACACCGUGUUGGAGAUAACGGGCAGCAGCUCGUAUACCACAAACUGCCAAUGGAUAUAGCUGAACGACAUGUUCUGCUUUUGGAUCCGGUACUUGGCACAGGGAACUCAGCAAGUCAAGCUAUAGAUCUUCUUGUAAGGAAAGGUGUUCCUGAGGAGAGGAUCAUAUUCCUCAAUCUUAUCUCGGCUCCUGAAGGGAUUCAUUGUGUGUGCAAGCGAUUUCCAAGGUUGAAGGUUGUAACAUCAGAGAUAGAUUCUGGGUUGAGCGAGGAAUUCAGGGUCAUCCCAGGUUUGGGAGAGUAUGGCGAUCGCUACUUUGGCACAGACAACUGAUCCUCAAUCGCUGGUGAAUGGAGAGGGAUGAUGGUACAACGGAGGUAGCAUGAAUUGAACCGACAAGACAUGCUGGGAAAUAGAUGUAAACUCAGAAGAUAUAUUGUAAUUUUUCUAGACUCCAGAGCUAGAUAUCCGCCAUUAGCCAUGGAGCUAGCAAUCUGGCCUUACCCUGGACUGGAGGUAGUAGGGACGAUUGCAAGCUCGUUUAGGUAUCACUGUCGCCGUACUGCUUCAGCUCAGGCAAUACAUGAUUGAGCCUUUAAUGUCUUAAUAAUUCCCCGUAAUGAGCUGGUUCUUUGCUA